AUGGAUCCGUGGUCGUACGGCUACUCACGUCAGGGAUCGCAGGCCUACGAGAAUGCCCCCUCGAAGGGAGCACAACUGCUCGUCUACCCCUCCCUCGCCAACCCACCAGCCACACCUCUCGUCACCCACCACAAACACGUCAAACUCUCCACUCGUUUCAAACGCCUCCUCAUCGUGGCCACUGCGCUGCCGUUGUUCGCUCUCAUCCUCGUCGUCUGCAGCACCCUCUCGCCACAGUGGGAGCGUCUGGAGUUCGCCUUCGACCGUCUCAUCCAACGCGCCUGCUCGCGGCACACCAAGACCACCUGGCGACUCGCACACGUGAUAUUGGAGGAGGUGGAUGUGGAUGCGCAGGUGGAGGUGGAGGUGGAGGGACAGGGGCAGGGGCAGGGCCAAAGGCAG